AUGCCGCCACUGCGACCACCUACAAGCAAAGCAAUACAGUACGCUGUUACAAGGUAUCAAUCAAAGUCCAACCGACCUGCCUACCACCACAAUCCCACACCCACCUACCGCCCACCCUCCACUUCCUCACCACCUCUGGGAGGCGCGCGCACCUCACCGCAACCCUCUCGCGUCGCUCCUUUCCCCCUCAUCACCGUCGUCCCCUUCAUCGCCGUUCCCCUCAUGCCGCUCGGUUCCGAAGCGAGCGAGCCUGAGCCGACGAGCCGACGCACCAUCGACGCACGCCCGACCGACGCACCCACCCGCCUAAACGAUCACGACGACGGCUACCGGCCACCACGGUUGCCUGCACCGGGACGGGUACGGGUGCGGCGACGCGCUCGAAUACGCACCGUCGCUGCGCUGAACGGAAGCACCGCCAGCAGCCGCGUACGAUCCGACGCCGCCGUUCCGUCUCGCCCACCACUCGCAUUCCCACUUGCCUCCGAGCAACGACAGACCUCGGCCGCUUCGUCGGGGCCCGACGCGAGCUGCCGAUAUCGAACCGACUGCAGGCAGCCUAUCAGUUGCCUCAUCUCCCACGUCGCCGCCCCGACCAGGCGUGUGGCGAAUCGAGUCGAACCGUGUCGAGGUAGCUCGCCUGCCGAGAGUGCACCCAUGGCUUCGGCCAUCCCUACCCCGAACCAAGCCGGCCAUCCGUCGCCGGCCGCACCGCCUGGUGCCACGCCCACCUCGCCCCAGAAUAAGCGCGAUCUGAGGUCGUGGUGGAAGAGCUUCAAGCUGCCUUCGAAGCACCAAGGGCCCGCAGCUGCACACCCCGGCACGCAUCGCAGAGGCGCGGCUGCCGUCGAUGCGACGGAAUACCGCCCAGCGGGCCGUUCUGCGUCCAUCCGCUCCUUGUCCCGUCCCGCACGAAACGUCUGCUUUGGCGUCUGCGCCUGCUCGAGCCGCUACUCUCCUCCUCCUUUUCUCAUCCGCAUGGCCUCGGCUGCAACCGCUAACCUGGUCAUCGCAGAAUCCAAGACGCCGGGAAUAUUCGGCGUUCCCCUGCGAAACAGCAUUCCGUACGCCAAUGUCGCCAUAUCCCUCGUUGAUGAGAAUGGCGAAAGCUACAUCUACGGCUAUGUCCCCAUCGUCGUGGCCAAGUGCGGCGUUUUCCUCAAGGAAAAGGGUGAGUACAUCACUCUCGCCCCCCCCCCCCCCCCCCCCCCGGCCGCCGUGAGCAUGCCUAACUGGCCCCUAGCUACCGGCGUCGAGGGCAUCUUCCGUCUGAGCGGCUCCGAGAAGCGCAUCAAGGAGCUCAAGCUGGUCUUCGAUUCGCCCGAUCGCUACGGCAAGGGACUCGCCUGGGAUGGAUACACCGUUCACGACGCCGCCAACGUGCUCCGCCGGUACCUCAACGACCUUCCCGAACCCGUCGUGCCCUUGGAUCUGUACCAGAGAUUUCGUGACCCCCUCCGUGGGGCGACGAAGCAAGCGGUCGGUGAUGCCGAAGGCCCGCAGUUUGUCGACAACUUCGACAAGGACGCGGCAAUAAUAGAGUACCAACAGCUCAUCACGGAGCUGCCUCCGCUCAACAAGCAGCUUCUGCUCUACAUCCUCGACCUUCUCGCCGUCUUUGCCGCGAAAUCGGACGAGAACCGGAUGAACUCGCAGAAUCUCGCCGCCAUCUUCCAGCCCGGCAUGCUAUCCCACCCCACCCACGCCAUGGCUCCCGAGGAGUACAGGCUGAACCAGUGUGUCCUCAUCUUCUUGAUCGAGAACCAGGACCAUUUCCUCAUCGGCAUGCAAGGGACCGCCGCCGACGAGACGACCAUGAAGGAGGUCGAAUCGGGAACCCCGUCGGUCGGAGCGCUCUCCCCGAAGCUGGCCACCGCAUCGGACGGCCUCGAGAGGUCGUCCUCCAACGCCAGCGCCGGCGCCAACAGUGUCCGGCGGGAUGGCCAGCUGCGCAGAAACCGAUCGGUCGCCUCCGGACACUCGCGGCAGGACGGCGGCAGCACCCCCGGCAGCCCGGCACUGGCGGCGCCGACGCCCACGGGCGGCUUGGGUAGGAGCAACACCGUCCCGUCAAAGAAGUCGCCCGCCUUGGCAGGGAACAAGUUCAAGAAGCAGCAGCUCCAUAGCGGCCACCAUUCCCCGGCUCAUGUGGAGCCCAUGACGCCUGUUCGCCCGUCGCCCGCCUCGAACCAAGCCCGAGGCUCGUCCUCGACGGGGCCAACGGCGAAUCCGGCGAUUCGUUCCGUCGAUCCUGUCGCUCCGUCGGACCGGAGUGAGGAGAGGUUGUCCGAGGGGCCGCAGGAGCCGCCGACGGCGCCGACAACGAAGGACCGGAACCUGCAGGGCUUGUUCCAGCGAACGCCGACGGCCGACGGUGGCGACAGGAGACUGCCGAAGAAGCUGAAGAAGAAGCGGAUACCGGGAAGCCUCAGUCAAAGCGCCCAGAGUUCCAGUGCGUCCCUGACGCCCUCGAACACGGCGUCGCCCGCGGUGGAGAUGGCGAAUCCCAUGGAGGCGAUGCAUCCCAUCAACGAAUCCGUUGCCCAACCGACGAGAAGCACGCCGCAGGCCGCCCCUCAACAUUCCGCCGAAGCGGACACGCAACAGCCGACGCCGUCGAAGCAAACGAGCGAUGUGUCGUCCGACCUGACGCCACGCGCAUCCCAUCUUGCUUCGAACAGCGGCCUCCACCCCGAGGGUACUCUGCGAAGCAGAAAGUCUCCACCAACCUCCAUACACUCGUCAUUCAACGAGAGCUCCGACCUGGAUCAACAAUUCGGCGAUGAACAACCGCCGCGGACGGCGGAGAGCGCCGAAAAGGAAAAGAAGCGGCGGUGGCGAAUGUCGAGGAGUGGAAAGGAUGAUCAUGUUGCUUCCACAAGCUCCGUGGCCACGCCUCCGUUGGUGUCGAACAUUGGCUCCAACCACACGGCGGAGAUGAGCACGACGUCCGUUUGCAGCGGAGCCAGCAGGGCCCCCAAGAGCGUCACGAAUGAUAGCUCGGAGCCGACGACGGUCGCCAGCGCCGAAGGGCAGACGAGCCAAGAUGGAAAGGAAGAGUCCAAAGGACCCAUCGGCUGGAUAAGGAGCAAGUACCGCGAGGCCAAGGGCAACGUCGAGCAGAGACGGACCAAGUCGCCCCCAGCCAUGUCAAACCGUCAAGUCAUCAGCGAUGUCCUCCACCCGAACGAGGCGCGCGACGAUGAGAAGUCGUCAGAAAUGCGAGGGGGGGAGAGUUCGACGCCGAAAGUCACGCCGGUGGACGUUUGCAAAGAAGCAUCGGCCGUGGUCCCCGGAGACGGCGGCAAAACAAUCACCGAUGCCACGGCGGAGCCCCCAAAGCAACAACAUCUGGCAGACGCGGCAACGAAUGAUUCCAAGGCCGUCGUGGCGGCCGAUGCUAGGCUUGCGCCUGUGCCUGAGCACGACGCCGAGGAGUCCGCGGCCCCUGCAGAUGCCACUCAGCCGGACGCCCGCACUCCCAGACAGGAGUAG